GUUCUUUUUAUAUACAUAACCUUUGUAAAUUGUGAAUGUUUUUGCCACGGCUUAUCUGCGAAAUGGCUGGAUAAAAUUUGAUAAGUUUUCUUUAUAAAUAAUGAAAUGGUAAUUUGAUUAUAGAAGCAAUUCUUCUACAUAAAUUAGUUAAAUAAACGUGUUUGCACAAUUCGAUUCGUAUACUGUGUGUAUAACAUUGUGUGUUUCAUAUAAGAAUGAGAUUUUAAUCUUCAAUUAAAAAGCGAUUGGAAAAGAGCGUGGCGUUUUCGUUCAUUAUGUGCGACACCAAAUCACAUGUCAUGCACAAAUCGUGUCGCGUCGUACCAGCCGCCCCGAAACCCUGCAGAUUCUCGCUAUACUCUUUGCAUAUCACUUAUCCGCCACCAGCAAAGCGCUCCGUAUCUCCAGAGCCACGGUUGCCAUGGCAACCAGCAGCAAACACUGCCAGACGCUGUCAUUCUCACCAGAUUUGAAGGGUUGUAAUGACAUCCAACAAAUGUACGACGAGACCGUGGAAGUGAAUGGCACAGAGAUAGACAGCCCCAGCUCUGAGGAGGGACCAGCAGAGGCGAUGUCCAAGUUCAACCCGCCGGUGAGGCACACAGCUCGACAUGAUUUCGACUCGGACUCCGAAAGCGAUUCCAGUCCGGACAAAUUUGAAAACUUUUCGGAAGAAGAUGUGUCUCCUGACAGAAAGUCCAAGCAUUCAGAUAAGGAUGACACGAAGCAAAUAAAAGAUUCUACUGAAUUGUCCAGGCAGUCGAGCAGACACCAUGAUUCUUCUAAUUCUGAUACAGAUUCCGGAGAUAUAGAGGCAGAUUUGACAAGACCAGAUCCAGUGUUGCCCACAGCGGGGAGUGGGAAGAAACGCGGCGUGGUGAUACCCGCAGAGGGUGCUUACGACCCCAAGCAGUUCGCAGACCUCAAGGUGCCCCCGGAAAUGGAGAAUAUAUUUCAAUAUAUUAUGAAGUACACGCCGCAAAAGAUCGACAUUGAGUUCAAACUACAACCGUUCGUGCCGGAGUACGUGCCGGCGGUGGGCGACGCGGACGCGUUCAUCAAGGUGACGGCUCCGGCGUGCGGUCCGCGCGCGCCGCUCGACGAACGGGCGCUCGACUUUGUCGAUAAUCUUGGUUUAACAAUACUAGACGAGCCGUCGGCUGAGCAAAGUGAAUCGGCGUUGUUACACUUGCAAUUGAGGGCCAUUUCGAAAACUACGAGCGCUAAAUCCACUGUGUUAACAAAGAAAAUAGAUAAUGCAGAGAAGAACCCAAAAGCGAUCGAGCGUUGGAUCAAGGAUGUCAGCGAGCUGCACAUGUCGAAACCGGCGCCAACCGUCUCUUAUACUGUGAAAAUGCCAGACAUAGACAGCCUAAUGGAAGAAUGGCCCGAAUCUAUGGAAGAAACGUUAAAUGACGUCGGUUUCCCGCCAUCCACCCUCGACUGCUCGCUGUCAGAAUACGUAGAUUUAAUCUGUGCCUUGUUUGACAUUCCUAUCGUUGGUGACACAUUGAAUGACAGAAUACAGGCGCUACAUUUGCUAUUUAGUCUGUAUUCAGCUGUUAAGAAUUCACAGUUAUACGCAGAUAGGAUAAAAGAAGAAAAGGGAUAAAUGUAUAAAUAAAUAUUCUACAAUUAUUA